CAUCGCGCGUCUGCUUUUUGACUGCUGAAAAUUUACAGUCCACAGAUGGCCGGACAGAAGAGACGACACGACGGCAUGGAAAUCGACACACAACAGACCUCGUCGCCAUACAUCCCGAUAUUCGAAACUUUUCGGACCGAGUUGGACGAACACCAUGAUCGGAGGGAGAGGAUCAUCAAGGUAUCGAGAGACGUCACGGCUCAGAGUAAGAAAAUAAUAUUCGCAUUACAAAGUUCAUUGACCUUAUAUGGAGUACGAUGAGUUAUCUAGCAAAGUUUGAGUAUCUGACAUGGUCAUUCUCUUCUUGUAGAGCCCGCGAAAUCAACCGCCCAAUACACGCCAGCAUAUCAAAAACCACCACACCAAUGUACACCACCAUCCGCGACCUGUUGCAGUCCAUUGUACCCGACUUACAAGGUCUGAAUGCGCAGCGGUACAGAGGAAACAUCUCGGGUGGGAUCCAAGAAUACAUGGAAGCCGUCUUGUUUCACCAUUACCUCGAACGUCGGACCUUGUUGGGAUUUGAAGACGCCCAGGGACGCCUGCCCGAAGGUGUGUUGCUCACGUACGAGGACUACGCGCUCGGGGUUUUCGAUAUGACCGGUGAGCUGAUGAGGUUCGCCAUCACGUACCUCGCGACCAACGGACAAUUACCUGGUGUGAGCGGUGGCGGCGGCGGCGACGGUGACGGUGACGGUGGUGACGGGGGUGACGGGUCGAUCCUGGCCGAUCUGCAACUCCUGAGGAGUGAGUUGGAGCAACUCGACGCGAGUGGUAGUUAUUCGCUCAACAAGGAGUUUGCGAUGAAGAUGAAGACCACGAGGGCGAGUGUGGAGAAGGUCGAGAAUGGAGUGUAUAGUAUGAUUGUUAGGGGGAAAGAGAGGCCAAAGGGAUGGAGGCCGGAUCUGGGUGAGGAUCGGGAGAGGCAGGAGGUCGAGAGUUAUUGAUUUGUGUUCCUCGUCUUGCUGACAAGAACUAAGAUACCUCGACUGUGAGGCCGUCACUUUUGUUAUGAUCAAGACCAGCAAGGUUGAUGAUUUCAGAUCACAUC